CAAAAAAAAAAAAAAAAGACUUUCUUUCUCUCAUCCAAAUUUUCAUGGAGAAUUCAAUGAACAAAGCGUUCAUAACGAGCAAGCAUGAAACGACGUCCUUUUCAAGCGACCAAACUCUAGAAGAAAGUAGCUGGACGAUGUAUUUCGAAGAUUUCUUCGAGGCUUCUUCAAGUGUUGUCGAUGUCGGAGUGUUCAGCUCUUCCUCCGUCUCCGAUGCAAUGUCUUUCGUGGCGACUAAGAAGAACUUUGAGGUUUCUAAACAAGAAGGAUCUAAUUCUUCUAACAACUUCAAAACUAAGAGAACACGAAACAGAGACAUUCCCUUUGGUGGUCAUUGUGAUCUUGAAGACACUGCCUCUUCUCCCUCACGCAGCCCUAACGUCUAUAGCAUGAUGAACUCAUUUGACAACAACACAAGACAGGGGGGUGGCGUAGUUGGUGAAAAGACAAAUAAUGUGCAAAACCAAGGUGAAUUAUCAGCAGACUUGAAGCAAAAAGGGCUUUGUUUGGUUCCCAUGUCUAUGGUGACCAAUUAUCUUGGUUAAUUAUACAUAAAUCGUUAUUCACUAAAGAAAAUUUGUUUGUAAUAAUUCUUUUCUCUUACCAUAUUUAUUUUAUAGAUUUUCUCAGUCACUUGUAAUAUAUGUUCUUCACUUUAUUGGUAAUCUAUGCGUGUGUAACAAAUUACAUGUUUC